AUGAAAUUGCUCGCAAACAAAUGCAUCGCUGGAACAAUAAAAUCUAUCAGGAAUCAUAUUAUUGUGUUACCUAUACAAAGUGAUUGUCACGAGACGGAUGGUGGGGGGUGUGGGCGGGGCCAGCGGCGGGACACGCCCACACACACCUUCGUUAUUUUGAAAAUGGAAGUAAGUGCGAUGCCGCCGAUGCCUUUGGACUUUUCUAUGGUUCGUAGCGGGAGCUCGCCGACCACUCUGAGAGAGUCCCCGAGACCCGUCUCCAACAGCGCCUUCAGGGUCGUCACCCCCAAAGGUGUAUCUGCGAGCGAGGCUCUUCGUAACGGUCUCUGUCAGUCGCUGUGGUCUCCCGCCACUCAUCCUGAACCACGUCUGCCGUCACCACAUCCACCAACCGACAACUAUUCUCCAAGAGAUGAAAUUAAAUUCGGCAUCAAUCGUCUGGUCGGUGAAAGAACUGAUGAAGAAGAUAGCGAGUCCCAUAACAACGAGACUUCAAGAGCCGAGAACUUAUCACCAUCAUCUCGCUGUGGUAGUCCGUGUUGGGAUCCAUCACCUCAUUCCCCUCGCUCGGUUCGUUCAAGUUCCCCUGAACUGGAAGUGGACUCCCCGCCAUCUUCGCCAAGAAGACCGCCAGAUACUUCGCCACCAUUAAAAAGAUCCGAGGCGUUUUCUGUGAGCGCCUUAUUAAGACCCGAUGCUCCGCGAGUGCAGCCUCAGCGACCUUUCUUAUAUCCACCGCUACCGUUCGCUGAGUUCUUGAGAGAUGCUGGAAAUCUUGGUUUGCCAGGCUGGGGAGGCUAUAGCAAUUUAUACCUGCACGCAGUUCAGGCUGCGGGUCCCGAACUCUUAAGAUUGAGGGCAGCAGUACUCGGAGCACCAAGCCCCCUAUCAAGGCCUUUACCAAUUGGCGACGUAUACUCUUGCGUGAAAUGCGAGAAGAUGUUCAGUACACCUCAUGGAUUAGAAGUACACGCAAGGAGAUCCCACAACGGGAAAAGACCAUUCGCCUGCGAGCUCUGCAGCAAGACAUUCGGCCACGAAAUAAGCCUGAGCCAACAUAGGGCUGUCCACAGCGUGGAGAAGGUGUUUGAGUGUAAGCAGUGUGGGAAGACAUUCAAGAGAUCCAGUACACUGUCGACACACCUCCUGAUACACUCCGACACACGACCCUACCCGUGUCAGUACUGCGGGAAACGAUUCCAUCAGAAAUCAGAUAUGAAGAAACAUACCUACAUCCACACUGGUGAAAAGCCUCACAAAUGCCAGGUAUGCGGCAAAGCCUUCAGUCAGAGCUCAAACCUGAUAACGCAUUCGCGGAAACACACCGGCUUCAAGCCUUUCGCCUGUGACUUGUGCGGGCGGGCGUUUCAAAGGAAAGUUGACUUGAGGCGGCACAGAGAGACGCAGCAUGCCGACCUGAGGCAGCAGCAUAUGCCGCAUACCGAUGUCCACGCCAUGCAUGCUGAUAUGCAUGUUGGAGAACGCAUGGAUCUCCGCCCCCCACAUCCGGAUCUUCGUCAGCCUGACUUCCGGCUCAGUAGUGGAGUCCCCCCCCUCCAACCACUACCUUCCUGA